AUGUUACUGAGGUACUCUCUAUUUUUAUUGGCCCUUCAAUUGGUAGCAACUAAUAGUAGUACUCUCAUACUAGCUACUGCUUCAAGUACUAGCAAUAAAGCACAAAACAAAGAUUCUACAGCUUACUAUGAUAAAGAUGAAUUAGAUGAAUCAAAUAUAUUUUCUUUAGCCUCUACCACUACCCCUACAUCUACAAUAGCUACAACCACUUUCCCUGCUACGGAUAAUUACGAGCAAGGUGAUACUACUGCUACUGUUAAUAAUUAUUGGCAAUCUUUAGGAAGUACAACCGACUCCAGUGUAUAUACUAUACAGGAUUCUAGUUCUACAUCUAAUAGCUCUCCAACAAGUGUUACUGAAAAUAUUUAUACCCCUUCUACCUAUGAUACUACAAUUGAACAAGGAACUUUAUCUACUGGUAAGACUAAUACACCUAGUACUACAACUCCUGGUACCACAACUAGUUCCAUACAACAGAACACUGUAGAUAAUUCAAAAGCUGCUAUCAUUUCAAAUGGAGAUACUGCAACAAGUACCUCAGCCUCCACCGUAUUAGCUGCUACUACCACACCAACAUCAACUGAACCAACUACAACUACCACUAGCUCUACUUCAACAGAACCAACUGAUACUACCACUUCUACUAGCUCUACUUCAACAGAACCAACUGAUACUACCACUUCUACACCAGACUCUGUUGCACCAGUUGCCACUACCACUAGCUCUACCUCAACAGAACCAACUGAUACUACCACCUCAACACCAGAUUAUGUUGCUGCAGCUGCUACUACCACUAGCUCUACCUCAACAGAACCAACUGAUACUACCACUUCUACACCAAGCUCUGUUGCUGCAGCUGCCACUACCACUAGCUCUACUUCAACAGAACCAACUGAUACUACCACUUCUACACCAGACUCUGUUGCACCAGUUGCCACUACCACUAGCUCUACCUCAACAGAACCAACUGAUACUACCACUUCAACACCAGAUUAUGUUGCUGCAGCUGCUACUACCACUAGCUCUACUUCAACAGAACCAACUGAUACUACCACCUCUACACCAGAUUCUGUUGCUCCAACUGAUACUACCACUUCAACACCAGAUUAUGUUGCUGCAGCUGCUACUACCACUAGCUCUACCUCAACAGAACCAACUGAUACUACCACUUCUACACCAAGCUCUGUUGCUGCAGCUGCCACUACCACUAGCUCUACUUCAACAGAACCAACUGAUACUACCACUUCUACACCAGACUCUGUUGCACCAGUUGCCACUACCACUAGCUCUACCUCAACAGAACCAACUGAUACUACCACUUCAACACCAGAUUAUGUUGCUGCAGCUGCUACUACCACUAGCUCUACUUCAACAGAACCAACUGAUACUACCACCUCUACACCAGAUUCUGUUGCUCCAACUGAUACUACCACUUCAACACCAGAUUAUGUUGCUGCAGCUGCUACUACCACUAGCUCUACCUCAACAGAACCAACUGAUACUACCACUUCUACACCAAGCUCUGUUGCUGCAGCUGCCACUACCACUAGCUCUACUUCAACAGAACCAACUGAUACUACCACUUCUACACCAGACUCUGUUGCACCAGUUGCCACUACCACUAGCUCUACCUCAACAGAACCAACUGAUACUACCACUUCUACACCAAGCUCUGUUGCUGCAGCUGCCACUACCACUAGCUCUACUUCAACAGAACCAACUGAUACUACCACUUCUACACCAGAUUAUGUUGCUGCAGCUGCUACUACCACUAGCUCUACCUCAACAGAACCAACUGAUACUACCACCUCUACACCAGAUUCUGUUGCUCCAGCUGCUACUACCACUUCAACACCAGCUUUUGUUGCCUCAGCUGGUACUACCACUAGUACUGCCUCAACGGAACCAGCUAUAAUCACCAUCAGCCCUGCUUCAACAGAACUGGCUGAUACUACCACUUCAACACCAGAUUCUAUCGCCCCAGUUGCUACUACUACUUCAGUACCAGAUUCUGUUGCUCCAGCUGCUACUACCACUUCAACACCAGACUCCGUUGCUCCAGCUGCUACUACCACUUCAACACCAGAUUCUGUUGCUUCAGCUGCUACUACUACUUCAACUCCAGACUCUAUCGCCCCAGUUGCUACUACCACUUCUGUACCAGACUCUGUUGCUCCAGCUGCUACUACUACUUCAACUCCAGACUCUGUUGCUCCAGCUGCUACUACUACUUCUGUACCAGACUCUGUUGAUCCAGUUGCAACUACCACUUCAACACCAGAUUCUGUUGCUCCAGCUGCUACUACUACUUCAACUCCAGACUCUGUUGCUCCAGCUGCUACUACUACUUCAGUACCAGACUCUGUUGCUCCAGCUGCUACUACUACUUCAACUCCAGACUCUGUUGCUCCAGCUGCUACUACUACUUCUGUACCAGACUCUGUUGAUCCAGUUGCUACUACCACUUCAACACCAGAUUCUGUUGCUCCAGCUGCUACUACUACUUCAACUCCAGACUCUGUUGCUCCAGCUGCUACUACUACUUCAGUACCAGACUCUGUUGCUCCAGCUGCUACUACUACUUCAACUCCAGACUCUGUUGCUCCAGCUGCUACUACUACUUCUGUACCAGACUCUGUUGAUCCAGUUGCUACUACCACUUCAACACCAGAUUCUGUUGCUCCAGCUGCUACUACCACUUCAACACCAGAUUCUGUUGCCCCAGCUGCUACUACCACUUCAACAUCAGAUUCUGUCGCUCCAGUAGUUACUACUACUUCAACACCAGAUUCUGUUGCCCCAGCUGCUACUACCACUUCAACAUCAGAUUCUGUCGCUCCAGUAGUUACUACUACUUCAACACCAGAUUCUGUCGCCCCAGUUGCUACUACUACUUCAGUACCAGACUCUGUCGCUCCAGCUGCUACUACUACUUCAGUACCAGACUCUGUUGCUCCAGCUGCUACUACCACUUCAACAUCAGAUUCUGUCGCUCCAGUAGCUACUACCACUUCAACACUAGAUUCUGUCGCUCCAGUUGCUACUACUACUUCAGUACCAGAUUCUGUUGCUCCAGCUGCUACUACCACUUCAGUACCAGACUCUGUUGCUCCAGCUGCUACUACCACUUCAACAUCAGAUUCUGUCGCUCCAGUAGCUACUACCACUUCAACAUCAGAUUCUGUCGCUCCAGUAGCUACUACCACUUCAACACCAGAUUCUGUCGCUCCAGUUGCUACUACUACUUCAGUACCAGAUUCUGUUGCUCCAGCUGCUACUACCACUUCAACACCAGAUUCUAUCGCCCCAGUUGCUACUACUACUUCAGUACCGGAUUCUGUUGCUCCAGCUGCUACUACUACUUCAACUCCAGACUCUGUUGCUCCAGCUGCUACUACUACUUCUGUACCAGACUCUGUUGAUCCAGUUGCUACUACCACUUCAACACCAGACUCUGUUGCUCCAGCUGCUACUACUACUUCAGUACCAGACUCUGUUGCCCCAGCUGCUACUACCACUUCAACACCAGAUUCUGUUGCCCCAGCUGCUACUACUAUUUCAGUACCAGACUCUGUUGCUCCAGCUGCUACUACUACUUCAGUACCAGACUCUGUUGCCCCAGCUGCUACUACCACUUCAACACCAGAUUCUGUUGCUCCAGUUGCUACUAUCACCUCAACUCCAGAUUCUAUUGCCCCAGUUGCUACUACCACCUCAACUCCAGAAUCUGUUGCCCCAGUUGCUACUGCUACUUCAGUACCAGACUCUGUUUCUCCAGCUGCUACUACCACUUCAACACCAGAUUCUGUCGCCCCAGUUACUACUGCCACUUCAGUACCAGAUUCCGUUGUUUUAUCCAGUAUUACCGCCCCAACAUCGAGUGAACCAGUUACCACUAUCACCCCAAUAUUAGCCUCCGCUACUCUGGUAAGUACUGCCAUUCCAACAUCAGCUUCUAUUAUUUCAGACACAGUAACUAGCUUAACACCAGCUGAAUCAAUUAUAAACACCGUCUCAACACCAAGUCCUGUUGUUUCAGAUAGCACUACCACUCCAACAUCAAGUGAAGCAGUUGUAACUACCAUUUCGACGCCAGAUUCUGUAAUUUUAGAUACAGCCACUAGCUCAACAUCAAUUGAACCAUUUACUAUUAACACAGAUGCAUCAAGUUUUAUAGCUUCAGAUAUUAUUGCUACUCCAUCAACAUCAAUUUUUACUUCUUCCACUAUUACUGCCACUGAUUUAACAUCAGAUUCUACUGUACCAACCACUACUAUUAUACCAACGUCAAUUGGAGCAGCUACCACUAGCGCACCAACCUCAGUUGGAUCAACUAUUACUAUGGAUGAAUCAGCUUUUAUUUCUACAGCCAGUACCACUGCAUCGGCAUCGGACUCUAUUUCUCAAGUUAUUCUUACUGUAAGUUCGUCGGAUUCUGUUUUAAUCGCUUCCGCUGCACCAACUUCAGAUUCUAUUAUAUCAUCCAAUGCUGUUUUUAGUUAUUCAACUCCAGUCGCAUCAUAUACAACUAGUAUCUCUUCCGCUUCUAUUGAUUUAGCCACUAAAAUUACAUCGUCAUCCGUAGUUACAGUCAGCACAGCUACUUCCUCCUCGAUUGCAGUAGAUACUAGCGUUAGUGAAUCUGCUUACACCGCUUCAAUUGUUAAUACACAAUUUUCUAUUCCAACAACUACCACUACCAAUACUAUAUCCUCCUUAUCAUCAUCUUAUGUUUCUGUUAUGACAAUCCAAUCCUCCUCCGAGCCAAUUGUUACUGGAAGCAGUCCAUCAACUGGUGUUUCUGCAACAACAGCCGAUUCUUCGGCGGACACUACAACAUUAACAAAAAGUACCGGUAUCAGUUUGCAAUCAACCUCUUCAAAUUUAGAUAUCAGUACCACUAAACCAUAUUCGUUAGUUAGUAGCAGUUUUAUUACAGCAUUAGAAAGUUCAACACAAAUUACAAACCUCGAAAGCUCAUCGGUAACAAUCACCUCCACCUUGCGUACAAGUACGACUACUUCAAACCUUUUCACCAGUAAUAUUGAAAUAAGUUUUUCAUCUAUUUCUAUUCCAACUUCUGAAAUAGAAGUGUCUUCUUCCGUAGCUUUUUCUUCAUCGUCUGGUGCAGCUUAUAUUGGGUCAGUUUCUAGUAGCUUUUCUCAGGCAGUUCCACAAUCAAUAGCGACUUCUAAAACAAUUAUUACUUUGGUAUCAACAUCCUCUGCUACUCCGAUGUCUAAGUCUACUGACGUUCUGUCUUCCUCCAUCAUAUCGAUGUCUGUAUCAACGGAACCAGUAUCGUCUUCUACUAUUGAUUGGUUGCCAACGAAUUUAAUUGUUCAGAACAAGACUACUCAAGUUGAUUCUAGUACUGCUUCUGUUUCGAUUCAAACAAAUUUGAAUAGUGUUACUCAAACUUUGCCCCAAGCCAUCACUGCUCCUACUCAGGCACCAGCUGCAGCUGCUAAUGCCGUUAAUUACACUACAAUUACAAUUGGGUUCAAAUCUGCAUUAAACUAUGAAUUUAUUGUUCAAAAUGCUUAUUCUAGUGCUCAAAUUUUCACUUAUUUACCAGGCGUUUUAAAUUAUCCCUUUGAGGUUGAAAGUCAACAAGACUUUAACAUCUAUGUCAAACAGUUAGUGCCUUACGAAGAACCAGGCCGCGAUUAUGUAAUUACUAUUGCCGAAGUUUUAUUUCCAAAAAUAUACAUUGAUACAUUACAAGCAUUAAUUAAUAAUUCCACCAGUGACCUGUACGAUAACCCCAAAUCGAUUUUAAAACAGCUUGCGGAACAGAUCGAUCCAUCUAUUUCUUUGACCACCGAUAUUUCUGGAAGUAGUGGUGGUUCGGGUUCUAGUUCGACAGUUACGAUUAUGGCUACUGCUACCUCUACGAGGACAUCUAGUGUUACUAAGACACCUGAUGCUAAUAAUGGAGGUGAAGGCAAUCCAAGCUUGGGUACGUUAGGAGAUAGUGCCAGUAAUCAAUAUUCCGGAGUUAGUGGUAGCUCUAAUAAGAAUAGCUCAGUUAGCCAAAUUUUGAAAUCAAGCGGUAAAACAGCUGGGUUUUUGAUUGGUAUAAUUGUUGGUGCAAUUGUUUAUCUAGUUUUGAUGAUUAUGGGUGCAAGGUUCUACAUUUUAAGAAGAAGGAGAAAUUUGAUUUUGAAAACUAGUGCCACUUCUAAGGAUUAUCCUACUGAUAAUUAUUCAUUUUAUACAACAAGUUCCUCUUCUGGAAGUGAAGAAGUUGUUUUAGAACCAAAAGCUUAUAUUGAUGAUCAAGUCAGUUUAACUCCAAGCAAGAGAAUUGAACAGUGGAUGGACAUGAACUUGUACGGUGAUGAUGGAAUUUCAGAAAAUGGAAAUAGAACAUCUGCUUUAUGUGAAUCGGAACAGUUAUCUAAUGCUGAUGGUAAACUGGGUAGUAAAUCGUCGAAAUAUUCAUUAAGGAGUCACAACUCAAAUUUAUCUCGUAAGAGUUCUAAUAGACACAUGAUUAAAAUUUCUAAACCGAUCGCUGCCGCAAAUUCUCUUGGUUGGAAUGAUACUUAUUAG